AUGGGAGUCAUUUAGAGAAGUGACUAGACUCAGUAACAUGGGAGUCAUUUAGAGAAGUGACUAGACUCAGUAACAUGGGAGUCAUUUAGAGAAGUGACUAGACUCAGUAACAUGGGAGUCAUUUAGAGAAGUGACUAGACUCAGUAACAUGGGAGUCAUUUAAAGAAGUGACUAGACUCAGUAACAUGGGAGUCAUUUAAAGAAGUGACUAGACUCAGUAACAUGGGAGUCAUUUAAAGAAGUGACUAGACUAGACUCAGUAACAUGGGAGUCAUUUAAAGAAGUGACUAGACUAGACUCAGUAACAUGGGAGUCAUUUAAAGAAGUGACUAGACUCAGUAACAUGGGAGUCAUUUAGAGAAGUGACUAGACUCAGUAACAUGGGAGUCAUUUAAAGAAGUGACUAGACUCAGUAACAUGGGAGUCAUUUAGAGAAGUGACUAGACUCAGUAACAUGGGAGUCAUUUAGAGAAGUGACUAGACUCAGUAACAUGUGAGUCAUUUAAAGAAGUGACUAGACUCAGUAACAUGGGAGUCAUUUAGAGAAGUGACUAGACUCAGUAACAUGGGAGUCAUUUAAAGAAGUGACUAGACUAGACUCAGUAACAUGGGAGUCAUUUAAAGAAGUGACUAGACUCAGUAACAUGGGAGUCAUUUAGAGAAGUGACUAGACUCAGUAACAUGGGAGUCAUUUAAAGAAGUGACUAGACUCAGUAACAUGGGAGUCAUUUAGAGAAGUGACUAGACUCAGUAAACAUGGGAGUCAUUUAAAGAAGUGACUAGACUCAGUAACAUGGGAGUCAUUUAGAGAAGUGACUAGACUCAGUAACAUGGGAGUCAUUUAGAGAAGUGACUAGACUCAGUAACAUGGGAGUCAUUUAGAGAAGUGACUAGACUCAGUAACAUGGGAGUCAUUUAGAGAAGUGACUAGACUCAGUAACAUGUGAGUCAUUUAGAGAAGUGACUAGACUCAGUAACAUGGGAGUCAUUUAGAGAAGUGACUAGACUCAGUAACAUGGGAGUCAUUUAGAGAAGUGACUAGACUCAGUAACAUGGGAGUCAUUUAGAGAAGUGACUAGACUCAGUAACAUGGGAGUCAUUUAGAGAAGUGACUAGACUCAGUAACAUGGGAGUCAUUUAGAGAAGUGACUAGACUCAGUAACAUGGGAGUCAUUUAAAGAAGUGACUAGACUCAGUAACAUGGGAGUCAUUUAGAGAAGUGACUAGACUCAGUAACAUGGGAGUCAUUUAGAGAAGUGACUAGACUCAGUAACAUGGGAGUCAUUUAGAGAAGUGACUAGACUCAGUAACAUGGGAGUCAUUUAAAAAAGUGACUAGACUUUUUAAUGAUCAGUGAAUGUCUUAUUUUUCUCCCCUGAAUAUUCAGAUCUUCCACUAAGGCUUCUCUGAAUUAUUUGACAAACAAAUAAAUAUGGUAAUUCUUAUAACUGCAUCACUUCAAUGAUUCCUUUACUCUUGAGAUAUUGCACUGACUAUUGUAAUUUAAAAAUAAUCACAUUUUAGGUUGAGGUUUCCUCAAAAAUCUUCUCAAUCACACUGCUCUAACUUCCAAACACAUAAUUCCCCUGUUCAUCACAACACAUUACGCUACACUUCAGCUGUGUUGGCGUAGUUAACCCUUAACUGUUUUCAACUCUUAAUGAUCGGCUAUGAAAAGCCAACUGAGAGACCUGAGCCCUAGGACCAUACGUCGGGACUACCGGCCGUGGUGACUCCUUGCUGUCCCCAGUCCGCCUGGCCUUGCUGCUAUUCCAGUUUUAACUGUUCUGCCUGCGGUUAUGGAACCCCUACCUGUCCCAGACCUGCUGUUUUCAACUCUUAAUGAUCGGCUAUGAAAAGCCAACUGAGAUUUAUUCCUGAUUAUUAUUUGACCAUGCUUGUCACUUAUGAACAUUUUUGAAAAUCUUGGCAUGGUUCUGUUAUAAUCUCCACCCGGCACAGCCAGAAGAGGACUGGCCACCCCUCAUAGCCUGGUUCCUCUCUAGGUUUCUUCCUAGGUUUUGGCCUUUCUAGGGAGUUUUUCCUAGCCACCGUGCUUCUACACCUGCAUUACUAGCUGUUUGGGGUUUUAGGCUGGGUUUCUGUACAGCACUUCGAGAUAUUAGCUGAUGUACGAAGGGCUAUAUAAAAUAAAAUUGAUUGAUUGAUUGAACUGUCUGGCUGGUGUUCGGGUAGUUAACCCUUAACUGUCUGGCUGGUGUUCGGGUAGUCAACACUUAACUGUCUGGCUGGUGUUCGGGUAGUUAACCCUUAACCUUCUGGCUGGUGUUCGGGUAGUUAACCCUUAACUGUCUGGCUGGUGUUCGGGUAGUUAACCCUUAACUGUCUGGCUGGUGUUUCGGGGUAGUUAACCCUUAACUGUCUGGGCCGGUGUUCUGGGUAGUUCAACACUUAACUGUCUGGCUGGUGUUCGGGUAGUUAACCCUUAACUGUCUGCUGGUGUUCGGUAGUUAACCCUUAACUGUCUGGCUGGUGUUCGGGUAGUUAACCCUUAACUGUCUGGCUGGUGUUCGGGUAGUUAACCCUUAACUGUCUGGCUGGUGUUCGGGUAGUUAACCCUUAACUGUCUGGCUGGUGUUCGGGUAGUUAACCCUUAACUGUCUGGCUGGUGUUCGGGUAGUUUAACCCUUUAACCUGUCUGGCUGGUGUUCGGGUAGUUAACCUUAACUGUCUGGCUGGUGUUCGGGUAGUUAACCCUUAACUGGCUGGUGGUGUUCGGGUAGUUAACCCUUAACUGUCUGGCUGGUGUUGGCGUAGUUAACCCUUAACUGUCUGGCCGGUGUUCGGGUAGUUAACCCUUAACUGUCUGGCUCGGUGUUCGGGUAGUUAACCCUUAACUGUCUGGCUGGUGUUGGCGUAGUUAACCCUUAACUGUCUGGCCGGUGUUCGGGUAGUUAACCCUUAAACUGUCCGGGCUGGGGUUCGGGUUAGUUAACCCUUAACCGUCUGGCCCGUGUUCGGUGUAGUUAACCCUUAACUGUCUGGUGUUGUUCGGGUAGUUAACCCUUAACUGUCUGGCCGUGUUCGGGUAGUUAACCCUUAACUGUCUGGCCGGUGUUUCGGGUAGUUUAACCCUUAACUGUCUGGGCGGUGUUGGCGUAGGUUAACCCUUAACUGUCUGGCCGGUUGUUCGGCGUAGUUUAACCCUUAACUGGUCUGGCCGGUGUUUCGGGUUAAGUUUAACCCUUAACUGUUCGGGCCGGUGUUCGGGUAGUUAACCCUUAACUGUCCUGGCCGGUGUUCGGGGUAGUUAACCCCUAACUGUCUGGCCGGUGUUCGGGUAGUUAACCCCUUAACUGCUGGCCGGGUUUCGGUAACCCUGGCUGGCUGGGACUCUCUCUACACUUCAGCGGUGUGGUCCUCUGUAGCUCAGCUGGUAGAGCACGGCGCUUGUAACGCCAGGGUAGUGGGUUCGAUCCCGGGGACCACCCAUACGUAAAAGUGUAUGCACACAUGAAAAGCGUCUGCUAAAUGGUAUAUUUUUCUUUUUUUUUGUUCUUUUUUUUUGACGUACUUAACCCUUAACUCUCUGGCUAGUGUUGGCGUAGUUAACCCUUAACUGUCUGGCUAGUGUUGGCGUAGUUAACCCUUAACUGUCUGGCUGGCUGGGACUCUCUCCUUUCUCCUUUUGCAGUUAUUUUUAAAAAAAAUUUAUUGACAGGUAUUUUUAUUAUUUUUCUAUGGAUUAGAUUCAAUGUUUGUAUUUUAGCAUAUUGAUUGUUUUGUCAUAACAAAAAAUCACCUCAGUGGCCUUGUGGUUAGAGUGACCACCAUGAGAUUGGAAGGUUGGGAGUUCGAUCCCCGGCCGAGUCAUACCAAAGACUGUCAAAUGGGACCUGAUGCGUCUCUGCUUGGCAUUUAGCAUUAAAUACAUAGAUUGGCGGUAAGGCCCUGUGAUAGACUAGUGUCCUGUCCAGGGGGUGUCCUGGUACAUCAAGCUGCCUCACUACAGAAACAGGAGAUAGACUAGUGUCCUGUACAGGGGGUGUCCUGGUACAUCAAGCUGUCUCACUACAGAAACGGGAGAUAGACUAGUGUCCUGUCCAGGGGGUGUACUGUACAUCAAGCUGCCUCACUACAGAAACAAGAGAUAGACUAGUGUCCUGUCCAGGGGGUGUACUGUACAUCAAGCUGUCUCACUACAGAAACAGGAGAUAGACUAGUGUCCUGUCCAGGGGGUGUCCUGUACAUCAAGCUGCCUCACUACAGAAACAGGAGAUAGACUCCUGCUCCUAUGAGCCGUUCCGGCUCGCACAAGCCAAGGCUAUUUGUCGUUGAAGUCGGAAAUUUACGUACACCUUAGCCAAAUACAUUUAAACUCAGUUUUUCACAAUUCCUGACAUUUAAUCCUAGUAAAAAUUCCCUGUCUUAGGUCAGUUAGGAUCACCACUUUAUUUUAAGAAUGUGAAAUGUCAGAAUAAUAGUAGAGAGAAUGAUUUAUUUCAGCUUUUAUUUCUUUCAUCACAUUCCUAAUUAGUAUUUGGUAGCAUUGCCUUUAAAUUGUUUAACUUGGGUCAAACGUUUCAGGUAGCCUUCAACAAGCUUCCCACAAUAAGUUGGGUGAAUUUUGGCCCAUUCCUCCUGACAGAGCUGGUGUAACUGAGUCAGGUUUGUAGGCCUCCCUGCUCGCACAGGCUUUUUCAGUUCUGCCCACAAAUAUUCUAUAGGAUUGAGGUCAGGGCUUUGUGAUGGCCACUCCAAUACCUUGACUUUGUUGUCCUUAAGCCAUUUUGCCACAACUUUGGAAGUAUGCUUGGGGUCAUUGUCCAUUUGGAAGACCCAUUUGCGACCAAGCUUUAACUUCCUGACUGAUGUCUUGAGAUGUUGCUUCAAUAUAUCCACAUAAUUUUCCUUCCUCAUGAUGCCAUCUAUUUUGUGAAGUGCACCAGUCCCUCCUGCAGCAAAGCACCCCCACAGCAUGAUGCUGCCACCCCCGUGCUUCACGGUUGGCAUGGUGUUCUUCGGCUUGCAAGCCUUCCCCUUUUUCCUCCAAACAUAACGAUGGUCAUUAUGGCCAAACAGUUCUAUUUUUGUUUCAUCAGACCGGAGGACAUUUCUCCAAAAAGUACGAUCUUUGUCCCCAUGUGCAGUUGCAAACCGUAGUCUGGCUUUUUUAUGGCGGUUUUGGAGCAGUGGCUUCUUCCUUGCUGAGCGGCCUUUCAGGUUAUGUUGAUAUAGGACUCGUUUUACUGUGGAUAUAGAUACUUUUGUACCUGUUUCCUCCAGCAUCUUCACAAGGUCCUUUGCUGUUGUUCUGGGAUUGAUUUGCACUUUUCGCACCAAAGUACGUUAAUCUCUAAGAGACAAAACCCGUCUCCUUCCUGAGCGGUAUGACGGCUGCGGGGAUCCCAUGGUGUUUAUACUUUCAUACUAUUGUUUGUACAGAUAAACAUGGUACCUUCAGGCGUUUGGAAAUUGCUCCCAAGGAUGAACCAGACUUGUGGAGGUCUACAAUUAUUUUUCUGAGGUCUUGGCUGAUUUCUUUUGAUUUUCCCAUGAUGUCAAGCAAAGGGGCACUGAGUUUGAAGGUAGGCCUUGAAAUACAUCCACAGGUACACCUCCAAUUGACUCAAAUGAUGUCAAUUAGCCUAUCAGAAGCUUCUAAAGCCAUGUCUUCAUUUUCUGGAAUUUUCCAAGCUGUGUAAAGGCACAGGCAAUUUAGUGUAUGUAAACUUCUGACCCACUGGAAUUGUGAUACAGUGAAUUAUAAGUGAAAUAAUCUGUCUGUAAACAAUUGUUGGAAAAACUACUUGUGUCAUGCACAAAGUAGAUGUCCUAACCGACUUGCCAAAACUAUAGUUUGUUAACAAGACAUUUGUGGAGUGGUUGAAAAACGAGUUUUAAUGACUCCAACCUAAAUGUACGUAAACUUCCGACUUCAACUGUACUUACUGCACAACAGAUAUUACGUAUUAUAUUGCAAUGCACAUCAUAAUGCGUUAUACCUGCAAGCUUCAAGUAGAAAAGUAUACUUGCAAUAACUGAAAUGUGAUGGUUUGUCCUACUUAACGUUUUGAAUGCACUGAUUGCAAGUAGCUCUGGAUAAAAAUGUCAAAUUUAAAAGCUUACCAAAUUAUCUGACCUCCUCUCCUCUCCUCUCCUCUCCUCUCCUCUCCUCUCCUCUCCUCUCCUCUCCUCUCCUCUCCUCUCCUCUCCUCUCCUCGGGUUCCUCUCCUCCGUCCUCUCCUCUCCUCUCCCUCUCUCGACCUCUCCCUCCUCUCCUCUCCUCGCCUCUCCUCCUCCUCUCCGUCAGCACUCCCUCCUCUCCCUCCGGGCAGGGUCUCCUCCCAGCCGUUCUCCCCUCCUCUCCUCGUCUGCUUCUCUCUCGCUCCUCUCCGCUCGUCUUCUCAAGAUGCGCGUCUCCCUCCUCGUCCGCUCUCCGCUCCCUUCAGCCUCUCUCGUCCCUCCUCCGCCUCUCCUCUCCUCUCCUCACCUCUCUCCCUCCUCCGUCCCUCGCCUCGCACUUCCUCUCCUCUCCACCUCCUCGAGUCCUCCUCGCCUCUGCUCCUCUCAUCUCCUCUUCUCCUUCCUUCCCCUCCUCUCCUCUCCUCCUCCUCUCCGCCUCUUCCUCUCCCCUCUCCUCUCCCCCAGGUCCAUAACAGGAACCUCCUCUCCCUGGACUUUGACCGUAUCACACGGACAGAGAAGGUUUAUGACGACCACAGGAAGUUCACGUUAAGGAUCCACUACGACCACGCCGGACGCCCAACGCUCUGGGCCCCCAGCAGCCGCCUCAACGGGGUCAACGUCACAUACUCCCCGGGCGGACACGUGGCCGGCAUCCAGCGGGGCACCAUGUCCAUACGCAUGGAGUACGACCAGAAUGGACGAAUCACGUCGCAGAUCUUUGCCGAUGGGAAGUCAUGGACCUACACUUACCUGGAGAAGGUAAAAAAAACACCACUAGUGCCAUAUAUAUAUAUAUAUAUUUACUAAAUAUGGGGCCUUCAGAAAGUAUUCAUACCCCUUGAUUUAUUCCAUAUUUUGUUGUGUUACAGCCUGAAUUCAGAAUUGAUUCAAUAUAUUUAUUUCUCACCCAUCUACACACAAUAUCCCAUAAUGACAAAGUGAAAACAUGUUUUUAGAAAUGUUUUCAAAUUUAUUGAAAAUGAAAUACCUAAAUAUUAUAUUUACAUAAGUAUUCACGCCCCUGAGUCAAUACAUGUUAGAAUCACCUUUGGCAGCGAUUACAGCUGUGAGCUUUGCACACCUGGAUUGUACAAUAUUAGCAUUAUUCUUAAAAACAUUAUUCAAGCUCUGUCAAGUUGGUUGUUGAUCAUUGCUAGACAGCCAUUUUCAAGUCUUGCCAUAUAUUUUCAAGCCGAUUUAAGUCAAAACUGUAACUCUGCCACUCAGGAACAUUCAAGGUCAUCUUGGUAAGCAACUUCAGUGUAUAUUUGGCCUUGUGUUGUAGGUUAUUGUCCUGCUGAAAGGUGAAUGUGUCUCCCAGUGUCUGUUGGAAAGCAGACUGAACCAGGUUUUCCUCUAGCAUUCUGCCUGUGCUUAGAUCUAUUCCGUUUUAUUUUAUCCUAAAAAACGAAUUAGUCCUUGCCGAUGACAAGCAUACCCAUAACAUGAUGCAGCCACCACUAUGCUUGAAAAUAUGAAGAGUGGUACUCAGUGAUGUGUUGUGUUGGAUUUGCCCCAAACAUAACGCUUUGUAUUCAGGACAUAAAGUUAAUUUAUUUGCCACAUUUUUUGCAGUUUUACUUUAGUGCCUUGUUGCAAACAGGAUGCAUCUUUUGGAAUAUAUUUUUUCUGUACAGGCUUCCUUCUUUUCACUCUUGUCAUUUAGGUUAGUAUUGUGAAGUAACUAUAAUGUUGUUGAUCCAUCCUCAGUUUUCUCCUAUUCACAGCCAUUAAACUCUGUAACUGUUUUAAAGUCACCAUUGGCCUCAUGGUGAAAUCCCUGAGCGGUUUCCUUCCUCUCCGGCAACUGAGUUAGGAAGGACACCUGUAUCUUUGUAGUGACUGGGUGUAUUGAUACACCAUCCAUAGUGUAGUUAAUAACUUCACCAUGCUCAAAGGGAUAUUCAAUGUCUGCUUUUUUAUUUCUACCCAUCUACCAAUAGGUGCCCUUCUUGGAAAGCCUCCCUGGUCUUUGUGGUUGAAUCUGUGUCUGAAAUUCACUGCUCGACUGAGGGACAUUACAGAUAAUUGUAUAAUUGUACAGAGAUGAGGUAGUCAUUCAAAAAUCAUGUUAAACACUAUUAUUGCACACAGAGUGAGUCCAUGCAACUUAUGUGACUUGUUAAGCACAGUUUUACUCCUGAACUUAUUGCCAUAACAAAGGGGUUGAAUAUUUAUCGACUCAAGAUAUUUCAGCUUUUUAUUUUUAAUAAAUUGGUAAACAUUUUCUAAAAACAUAAUUCCACUUUCACAUUAUUGUGUGUAGGACAGUGACACAAAAUCUAAAUUUAAUCCAGUUUAAAUUCAGGCUUUAAAACAACAACAUAUGGAAAAAGUCAAGGGGUGUUAAUACUUUCUAAAGGCAUAGGGUGCCAUUUACAGAUGUAGGAUCUUCAUUUGAUCACCCUGUUGCAGGACAUGUAAAACUUGUUGUGCAUUUGAGGGUUAAAAAGGCUUCUGAAGUUUGAACGCAGAAAACAUUUCGAUACGUCUUUAAUAGGGAUAAUAGGAAGGGUUAUAUAUGAACUCUGAACUCUGAACUCUGAACUCUCCACAUAAAAUACAAUGAAACUCAUGAAAUAGACCUACACUACAUUCAAUGUAGACAUUCACAGUACACAGAGUACUGAGGAACUAAUGGAGAAAAGCCUGGUGGUCUAAGGCACUGCAUCGCAGUGCUAGCUGUGCCACUAGAGAUCCUGGUUCGAAUCCAAGGCUCUGUCGUAGCCGGCGCACAAUUGGCCCAGCGUCGUCCAGGGUAGGGGAGGGAAGGGCCGGCAGGGAUGUAGCUCAGUUGGUAGAGCAUGGCGUUUGCAACGUCAGGGUUGUGGGUUCGAUUCCCACGGGGGGGCCAGUAUGAUUUUUUUUUUUUUAUAAUGUAUGCACUCACUGGAUAAAUGUAAAUGUCAAAAUGUGUACUAAAGAUAAACUAUAGCCAAGACAUGGCUUGGGACAUGAUGUCAUAGAAAACGUGAUUGAUAUUUCAGUGCCCUUAAAAGCAGAUUUAAGAUUUCUAGUUCAAAGUUACCUUUCUAUUCUUAGCUUUAUCUAAUCUAUGUCUGUCUGAGACAUGUGUAGAGAGCUGUAAUAAAGGACUGUCUGAUUCUCUCUGUCUGUCUCUCUCUCUCUCUCUCUCUCUCUCUCUAACAAUGUAUACAUUGUUAGUGCAGACAGCUUGAUAGGGCCGUUGCCCCUAAAAUAGACUCUGAUGAGCAGAAAUGAAUGAAAUGUCACUUUCACAUUGUUAAUUAAAGUCAGGAUCUUUGGGGAUCUUCAGGUUUUACCAUUUAAUUUAACAAAAUGGCCGGCCCAUUAGUGGUCUGAAGUCAGUUUUACAGCUGAUUCAAAGCUGGAAUGAUAGCCUGCUGUGACAGCAGACUGCACAGUGAUUUAAAUAUAUGUAUUUGCCUGCCCAAUACUUUCUUACCCAAUUGAAGACAUAAAAAUUUUUUCUUGAAUCUCACAGCUUGGCUCCUGACUUAAAUACAUAACAGGCAUCUGUAUAGUCUGGGUGUUUCUGUUACGUUUGACAUUUGUAUGUCCUUUUGUAGCAGACUCUAGCAGCCUACAGUGAGGGGAAAAAAGUAUUUGAUCCCCUGCUGAUUUUGUACGUUUGCCCACUGACAAAGAAAUGAUCAGUCUAUAAUUUUAAUGGUAGGUUUAUUUGAACAGUGAGAGACAGAAUAACAACCAAAAAAAAUUAUAAAUUUGAUUUGCAUUUUAAUGAGGGAAAUAAGUAUUUUACCCCCUCUCAAUCAGAAAGAUUUCUGGCUCCCAGGUGUCUUUUAUACAGGUAACGAGCUGAGAUUAGGAGCACACUCUUAAAGGGAGUGCUCCUAAUCUCAGUUUGUUACCUGUAUAAAAGACACCUGUCCACAGAAGAAAUCAAUCAAUCAGAUUCCAAACUCUCCACCAUGGCCAAGACCAAAGAGCUCUCCAAGGAUGUCAGGGACAAGAUUGUAGACCUACACAAGGCUGGAAUGGGCAACAAGACCAUCGCCAAGCAGCUUGGUGAGAAGGUGACAACAGUUGGUGCGAUUAUUCGCAAAUGGAAGAAACACAAAAUAACUCUCAAUUUCCCUCGGCCUGGGGCUCCAUGCAAGAUCUCACCUUGUGGAGUUGCAAUGAUCAUGAGAACGGUGAGGAAUCAGCCCAGAACUACACGGGUGGAUGUUGUCAAUGAUCUCAAGACAGCUGGGACCAUAGUCACCAAGAAAACAAUUGGUAACACACUACGCCGUGAAGGACUGAAAUCCUGCAGUGUCCGCAAGGUCCCCCUGCUCCAGAAAGCACAUAUACAGGCCUGUCUGAGGUUUGCCAAUGAACAUCUGAAUGAUUCAGAGGAGAACUGGGUGAAAGUGUUGUGGUCAGAUGAGACCAAAAUCGAGCUCUUUGGCAUCAACUCAACUCGCUGUGUUUGGAGUAGGAUGAAUGAUGCCUAUGACCCCAAGAACACCAUCCCCACCGUCAAACAUGGAGGUGGAAACAUUAUGCUUUGGGGGUGUUUUUCUGCUAAGGGGACAGGACAACUUCACCGCAUCAAAGGGACGAUGGACGGGGCCAUGUACCGUCAAAUCUUGGGUGAGAACCUCCUUCCCUCAGCCAGGGCAUUGAAAAUGGGUCGUGGAUGGGUAUUCCAGCAUGACAAUGACCCAAAACACACGGCCAAGGCAACAAAGGAGUGGCUCAAGAAGAAGCACAUUAAGGUCCUGGAGUGGCCUAGCCAGUCUCCAGACCUUAAUCCCAUAGAAAAUCUGUGGAGGGAGCUGAAGGUUUGAGUUGCCAAACGUCAGCCUCGAAACCUUAAUGACUUGGAGAAGAUCUGCAAAGAGGAGUGGGACAACAUCCCUCCUGAGAUGUGUGCAAACCUGGUGGCCAACUACAAGAAAUGUCUGACCUCUGUGAUUGCCAACAAGUGUUUUGACACCAAGUACUAAGUCAUGUUUUGCAGAGGGGUCAAAUACUUAUUUCCCUCAUUAAAAUGCAGAUUAAUUUAUAACAUUUUUGACAUGCGUUUUCUGGAUUUUUUUGUUGUUAUUCUGUCUCUCACUGUUCAAAUAAACCUACCAUUAAAAUUAUAGACUGAUCAUGUCUUUGUCAGUGGGCAAACGUAAAAAAUCAGCAGGGGAUCAAAUACUUUUUUCCCUCACUGUAGGUAACACACACAACUUUAAUAAAAAUGACUGUCAAUUUACCUCUCAGCAUUCCUAAUAUCUAACAUGUUCUCUCUCAGGUCCUGUAGUGUGCCCUUUAAAGAGCACAAUCCCACGGGCCCUCUUCAAAAGUAGUGCACUAUAUAGGGAAAUAGGGUUGCCGUCGGUAACCCACUUUCCUCUCUCCUCCUCAGUCCAUGGUCCUUCUCCUGUACAGUCAGCGUCAGUACAUCUUCGAGUUCGACAAGAACGACUGCCUCUCCUCCGUGACCAUGCCCAACGUGGCCCGCACCACCCUGGAGACCACCCGCUCCAUCGGUUACUAUAGGAACACGUACCGCCCCUCCGAGGGGAACGCGUCGGUGCUGCAGGACUACAGCGAAGACGGCCAGCUGAUGCAGACCACCUACCUGGGCACGGGGCGCAGGGUGAUGUAUAAGUACGACAAGCUGGCCAAGCUAGUUGAGAUCCUGUACGACACGACGCGCGUCGCGUUCAGCUACGACGAGACAGCGGGGAUGCUGAAGGUGGUGAACCUGCAGACUGAAGGGACCACCUGUACCAUAAGGUGACUGCAACUUUGCCGUUGUGUUGUCGGAUGAUUGGCUUUAGGGUUAGGUUUGUUUUUGAACAUCUUGGUACAUGUGCAGAUGCAUACAUGAAAUGGGAUCUCAUACAAUGUAAAACGUAAAAUGAAAAUAUAUAUAAUCGGAAGAAUGGAGUUUGGCCCCGUCUGAUAUAGUUUGUUGAAUUUUACUCAAGUUAAAUAGGAUAAAUACAUUGUUGUUGACUAGCUGUCUAGCUCAACUAGUGCGUGUGUAAAACAUGGAAUGGGAUAUUGAGUGUAUCAGUCAGUAACAUAAUAAAAAAAAACAUGGACUGGACUAACAGUAAUGUUCACUACACCACAGGUACCGUCAGAUCGGCCCACUCAUCGACAGGCAGAUCUUUAGGUUCAGCGAGGAGGGGAUGGUCAACGCCCGCUUCGACUACGUCUACGACAACAGCUUCCGGGUCACCAGCAUGCAAGCGGUGAUCAAUGAGACGCCUCUCCCCAUCGACCUGUACCGCUAUGAUGACGUUUCGGGGAAGACGGAGCAGUUUGGGAAGUUCGGGGUCAUCUACUACGACAUCAACCAGAUAAUCACCACGGCUGUGAUGACGCACACCAAACACUUUGACGCCUACGGCCGCGUGAAGGAGGUCCAGUACGAGAUCUUCAGGUCGCUCAUGUACUGGAUGAUGGUGCAGUACGAUAACAUGGGACGCGUGGUCGCCAAGGAACUCAAGGUUGGUCUGGUUACCUCGUUCUUUCUUUGUUGUUUGUGUUUGUUUGUUAGGAUCUUCCAAGAGUCACACCCAGGAUAAAACAGACAAGUAGACAGUAGAAUUAGACACAUUUGAAAUAUAGAAAAGCACAUUUUCACAGUUCUAACAUUUGACAGUUUAGUCAUUUAGCAGGCGCUCUUAUCCAUAGCGAUUUACAGGAGCAAUUUGUAUUAAGUGCCUUGCUCAAAAGCACAGACAUAUUUUUUUUCCAACAAGUCGGCUCGGGAAACCAACCAGCAACCUUUUGGUUACUGGCUCAACGCUCUUAACCACUAGGCUACCUGACGCCCAAUGUGUUCCGUGUUCCGUGUUCCGUGUUCCGUGUUCCGUGUUCUGUGUUCUAAGGGUUCUAUGUGUUCAAAGUGUUCUAAGAUGGGUUCAUCUUACAAAAGUCCUUUCAAGAAAAACAUUGUUGUAUAUAGGAAUGAAUAAACCGGGUGGUUCGAGCCCUGAAUUCUGAUUGUCUGAAAGCCGUGGUAUAUCUGACCGUAUACCAUACUGGGUAUAUUACUGCUGUUAUUAUGUUGGUAACCAGUUUAUAAUAGCAAUAAGGCACCUCAUGGGUUUGUGGUGUAUAUACCACGGUAUACCUCGGCUAAGGGCUGUAUCCCAGAUACUCCACGUUGUGUCGUUCGUAAGAACAGCCCUUAGCCGUGGUAUAUUGGCCAUAUACCACACCCCCUCUGGCCUUAUUGCUUAAUUACAAUUACACGCCAACACCUACAGAUUGAUUGAUUGACUGAUUGAUUGACUGAUAGAUGAACGUUGUGUUUCUCUAAGGUGGGCCCGUACGCCAACACCACUCGGUAUACCUAUGAGUACGAUGCUGACAGUCAGCUCCAGGUCGUGUCCAUCAACGACAAGCCUCUGUGGCACUACAGCUACGACCUGAACGGUAACCUUCACCUGCUGAGCCCCGGGAACAGCGCCCGCCUCACGCCGCUACGCUACGACCUCCGAGACCGCAUCACCAGGCUGGGAGACGUCCAGUACCGCAUGGACGAGGACGGCUUUCUGAAGCAGAGAGGGAGUGAGUUCUUUGAGUACAGCUCGGCUGGACUCCUGGUUAAGGUAAGAUACGUACAACACUCCAACACAGUUGAUGCUUUAUAAAACGACACAUAGGACACACAUAACACAGCUGACACAUAGCUACAACCCUCCAACACAGCUGACACAUAGCUACAUCCCUCCAACACAGUUGACACAUAGCUACAACCCUCCAACACAGUUGACACGUAGCUACAACCCUCCAACACAGUUGACACAUAGCUACAACCCUCCAACACAGUUGACACAUAGCUACAACCCUCCAACACGGUUGACACAUAGCUACAACCCUCCAACACGGUUGAUUCUUUAUAAAACGACACAUAGGACACACAUAACACCGUUGACACUUUCAAAAACACCUCAAAACACAACUCUUUCAGCUAGCCGAUGCUCUAUUCUUGAAUAUGUUCCAGCCCCUCUCCUGUAUCCCUCUGUGAUCCGUUCUGUUCCCCGUGGUCUUUUGAUUCCCUUUUUAUUCGCACUUCGAUUUUAAUGUACUUUUCUCGUAAGGUGUCCUUGAGUGUCGUUAAAAAAAGGCGUUAAUCAAAUCAAAUAUACUAUUAUUUUUUUGAUUUAUUGAUUGAUUCAUAUUUUUCUUCUCAAGGUCUACAACCGCGUGAGCGGCUGGAGUAUCCGCUACAGUUACGAUGGUCUGGGCCGGAGGGUCUCAUCCAGGUGCAGUCCGGGUCACCACCUCCAGUUCUUCUAUGCUGACCUGUCCAGUCCCACCCGGGUCACUCACAUGUACAACCACACCAGCUCCGAGAUCUCUUCCCUCUACUACGACCUUCAGGGACACCUGUUCUCCAUGGAGCUGA